AUGUUGCGAAAUUUUACGCUGAAAUCUGUAUCGAUCAUCAAAAUCCUACCUAUAGCUAUCUCGUAUAGUACUGCAAAUGUUUUUACAAAUUUUUCAUUACAAUACAAUACAGUUGGUACUCAUCAAUUAUUUAAAGUUCUAACAACACCCACCGUUGCAAUUUUAACUUGGUAUUAUUAUAAUCAAAAGUAUUCUCGAAUUAUACUGUUGACAUUAGUACCAGUUAUUAUAGGGGUUUGUAUACACUCUCUCAGUGACAUGACACUUAAUGGAAUUGGUGUUUUAACAGCCUCGAUCGGAGUUCUGUCCGGUUCCAUGUUUCAAAUAUGGAUAGGUGAGAGACAACGUGAAUUAGAACUGAACUCGCAGCAGUUAUUAUUUUAUCAAGCGCCAGUAUCAGCCAUCGUGCUCAUUCCGUUCGUUCUGUUAAAUGAAAAAAUACCAAGUUAUUUGACAUUUCAACAACACCAUCAACUUAUAGUUAUCAUUGCCAUUUCUGGUUCUAUUGCAUUUUCCAAUAUUUUAUCGGCUUACUGUAAACAAAAAGAAGAUUAUUCUGAUAAAUUAGCAGCAACUGAUUUAAAAAUGUAUAAAAUUCAUUAUCAUUUUUUAAAUUUGCUUCUUAUAAUUAUAUUUCAAAUUAUAAUUCAACGACUUUAG